AGCCACACCACGUGACCGACCCGCCGGGAAUUUCUUCGACUCGGAAACCGCUUCAUCUUCACCAGACACGCAACUCUCCCUGUCCUGCGCACCACCGGUUUAUCCACCGGUCUCAAGCAGCCGAGGAAGUCAAUUCACCCUACCAAUUCGUCCAAACCACUUCAAAAAACCCCAAACACCCCAAUACCACACCCACCAUGUUCUCCCGCGCCGCCGCGCUCCCCAGAGCCUUCGCUCUGCCCAUCUCGCAGACCCUCCGAACCGCACCCUCAAGCAGCAGCAGCAGCAGCAGCGUCAUCCAACAGGGCAUCUUCCGCUCGGUAGCAUCCCGCCCCAUCACGACGAUCGCCUCGAGCACGCCCGAAACGCAGACCCCGAACGCAGCCACAAGCACACCUCCGCCGACGACAAGCAGCUCGCCCACGCAGGCCGUCGAACAGCAAAGCUACACACACCCGGAGUCCAAACAGCCCCUGCCGCCGACGUUCAAUGACCCGCUGAAGCUCAGCAAGUCGCUGUACGAGCAGCUCCCCUACCUGACGAGCCAGCGGCCGCACUACGUGACCGCGCACCUGCACGACCGGCCGUAUCUCCUCACGGAAGGCGACCAGCUGCGUCUGCCGUUUUUGAUGCCCAAUGUGAAGACCGGGGAUGUGCUGCGGCUCAACCGCGCGAGCGUGCUUGGUUCGCGCGAGUUUACGAUGCGCGGUGCGCCGUAUCUGGACGAGCGGAUGUUUGAGUGUCGGGUCCGGGUGAUCGGGACGGAGUCGGAGCCCUUGCGGGUGAAGGAGAAGACGAAGAGGAGGCAGAGACAUGUGCGCCGGGUCAAGAGCAAGCAUCGUUAUACGAUCUUGAAGGUCAUGAAUGUGAAGGUCAAGACGGCGGAUGAGUUGUUGGAGGAAGGAGCGGUUGUCGUGGAGGAUGCGGAGAUGAUUAAGAAGGAGUGAAGGAGGAUAAAGACGCUUUAUUGAUUUGAGGGAAAAUCUACCAUUGAAAAAAAAAAAAAAAAAGGGUUUGGUGUG